CCUGAGGUGAUGGCGGCUGUGGCCGUCGGGACGCGGUCGCUGGCAGGGUCCGGUGUCCCGGGCCUGUGGGGCAGCGGCUGCCGGCGGCUCUGGGCGCUGCCAGCAGGCCUCGCCGCUGCCGCUCCUCCUCCCGCUCCUCCUCCGUCGGGCUCGGGCGCUCUCAGCCCCUUCGACCGGCGGCUGAAGCGGAAGCAGAAGAACUGGGCGGCGCUGCAGGCCGAGCCCGGCAAGUGCGACUACCUGCGGGAGGAGGUCGGCGGGAGGAUAGCGGACAGGGUGUUUGACAUCCCCAGGACAUUUCCGCUUGCUUUGGAUGUUGGCUCUGGAAGAGGUUACAUAGCGCAACAUUUAACCAAGGACACAGUUGAAAAACUUGUUCAAGUUGAUAUUGCAGAGAACGCUUUAAAAAAUACUCUGGAAUCUGAAGUCCCUACAGUCAGCGUUGUAGCUGAUGAGGAAACCCUUCCUUUCAAAGAGAAUACAUUUGAUCUUGUUGUUAGUAGCUUAAGUUUACACUGGGUGAAUGACCUUCCCAAAGCUUUUAGAGAGAUUCACCAAGUUCUUAAGCCGGAUGGAGUAUUCAUUGGUGCAAUGUUUGGAGGAGACACUCUAUAUGAGCUUCGUUGCUCUCUGCAGCUAGCAGAGCUGGAAAGAGAAGGAGGAUUUUCUCCUCAUGUAUCACCGUUCACUGCUGUCUCUGAUUUGGGACAUCUGCUGUCGAGAGCUGGCUUUAACACACUGACUGUGGAUACUGAUGAAAUUCAAGUCAACUACCCAGGGUUGUUUGAACUUAUGGAAGACUUGCAAGGUAUGGGGGAGAGUAAUUGCUCUUGGAAUAGAAAACCUCUGCUACACAGGGACACAAUGUUAGCAGCUGCUGCAAUAUACCAAGAAAUGUAUGGAAAUAGUGAUGGCUCAGUACCUGCCACGUUUCAGAUCUUCUACAUGAUUGGCUGGAAAUUCCAUGAAUCACAGGCAAAACCAGCCAAGAGAGGCUCUGCAACAGUUUCAUUUGGAGAUCUGUCAAAAUUAGGUGGAUUUGUAUCAAGAGAAAAGAAAUGAUUUUCAUCAAAAUAAUAGUUGUCUUGAAGCUGCUAUAAAACUUCUCAUUGCAGAUAGUCUUCACUUGAGCUUAUUUUGUGAUAACAUUCUGAACUGAUGAUUAUCUGCACACAGCAGGAGUUUUUUGUUUUGUACUGCCUAUGCUACAACAUCAGCUGUGUAAAAUUAUGUUAAUUUCUUGUUUCUAGAGAAAUAUUUGAGCAGUAUUCAAAGAAUAAAUGCUCUCCUAACUUUGGAUUAAA